GUGUUGUCUUUUAAUGGAGGAAAGAGAAAAAGCAGACUUUUCUCUUACUCUCUCUUUUCUCUUUCUUCCUUUCUCUCUUCCAAAAUUCUUUUUCCAGAUCUAAAUCUCCUUUCUUCUCUUGUUCUUCAUUUUUUUCUCCAACAAUCGAUGAAGAAAUUGCAGCCUCCCACUUCAAAUUCGGUGACGCUCCAAAUCCUUCUACUCUCAAGCUGCUCCUUCCUUCUGUUUUUUUCUUUUCUCGGCCUCAAAAUCGAUGAUGCUCCAUAUUGUCAAAGAGGGGACAGAUCUAGUCAUGAGUUUUAUCAUGGUGGUAGUGGGUGGUAAUCGACACCAGUUCCGAGAAAGAAGAGUUAGAAGACAAUGAAGGGAGAGAAGAAAGUGAAGAAAGUCGUAAUUGUAUAUAUAUAUUGAGAUUACCACACUAUAACAUAUGGUAAUGUGUCCAUACCAUAUGGUAAUGUAUGAUAACGAAAUGUAUUUUUAUGAAUAUCAUGUUUUUACUAUGGUCGUAGAGGGUUGUAAUUAAAUUUACAUGGUUUUACCUUCUCAUACCAAGUGGUAUUAUAUGGUAAUUAUAAUUAAUUUGUGGU